AUGAGGCGCAAAACGGUCGUGAUCAAGCUCGGUUCAUCAUCGAUUCUCUCUGAAUCGACCUUGGAGCCCAAAAUCCGCAUCAUGUCGUCCAUCGUUGAGGCCGUGUCGCAGCUUCGACAGAACGGACACCGUGUGGUGUUGGUCUGCUCAGGAGCAAUUGGCUUGGGUCGCAUUCGCAUGAACAUUAAGACGAAGCCAAAGAAUCUUGGAGAGCGCCAGGCUCUAGCAGCGCUUGGACAGCUGCGGCUGAUGACACUGUGGGACAAUUUGUUUGGCAUGCUGGGCAUCAACAUAGCUCAAGUUCUAUUGACACGUUCAGAUUUGGCAGAUAGCCCGCGGUACGUGAAUGCGCGCACGACACUUGAUACUCUUCUUAUGGACAACUUUUAUGCCGUACCAAUUGUCAAUGAAAAUGACACCGUGUCUGUAUUCGAAAUGCGAUUUGGUGAUAAUGACUCGUUGUCAGCAAUCACGGCUGGCAUUAUCGAUGCUGAUUACCUUUUUCUGUGCACGGAUGUAGAUGGUCUUUACACCGACAAUCCACGCACGCGUCCCGAUGCACACAGACUUCAUGUCGUGCGCAACAUGGACGAAGCUAGGAAAGCCACGUGCGUCAAGACGAUGGGUUCCUCGUUUGGCACUGGCGGUAUGCAAACCAAACUAGUGGCUGCUGAACUAGCCAUGGCCGCCGGCGUAGCCACGGUCAUUCUGAAUGGCGCACAUCCUGAAAACAUCGUCCGCAUUGUGGAGCAGGACAUUGUGGCACAGGCGAGCAGUAGAUCUGAUAUGCAACUUGUCGACCCUCCGUGUACACUAUUUCUUCCUCAGCGUCAACGGCUACCGGCGCAGAAAUGGCAGAUUCUCCACGCGAUGCACCCAUGUGGUGCGUUGAUCAUCGAUCGCGGCGCGUACGAGCGAAUUUCACGGAAAGAGUCGGGUGGUCGUCUCCUGCCUGCUGGUGUGGUGGGAGUUGAAGGCAACUGGGAACGACUUCAAGCUGUGCGACUCAAAGUCCGGCAAGGCCAGAACGAAGACGACGCUUCUGAAGCGCCUACAUCAUUCGAGGUGGGUCGCGCUCUCGCCAACUACACCUCCAUCGAGUGUGAGAGAAUCAAGGGACUCCAGAGUUCUCAGAUAGCAGAUGUCAUUGGUGCUAUGGAUACGAUGUACAUCACAGAUCAUAUAGUGUUAUCAUUGCCAUCUGCAGCCACAUAG